AUGUCUGCGCAGCAAAAGGCUCAGAACUACCUCAGCACCUUGGACCAGGAGCUUUCCAAGUACCCGGCCCUCAACAACCUUGAGAAGCAGUCGGGCGUCCCCAAGGCCUACGCCGUCAUCGGCCUUGGCGCGCUCUACUUCUUCCUCAUCAUCUUCAACCUCGGUGGCCAGCUGCUCACCAACUUUGCUGGUUUCGUCAUCCCGGGAUACUACUCGCUCAAUGCACUCUUCACUACGUCCAAGGAGGAUGACACUCAGUGGCUGACUUACUGGGUGGUGUUCGCCUUCUUCACCGUCACGGAGAGCUUCUUCAACAUCGUCUACUGGUUCCCCUUCUACUUCGUCUUCAAGUUUGUCUUCCUUCUGUGGCUGUCGCUGCCAAUGUUCCGCGGUGCCGAGAUUGUCUUCAAGUCUUUCCUGUCCCCCACCCUCGGCCGAUACUUCCAGCAGCCCGCCUCGACCUCUGCUGGCCUGCGCUCCAAGACGGGCGGCCUGGACAAGUCCGAGUAG